AUGGCUUCAAAUGAUGGACCACGCUUGCAUGACGGUAGUGGAUCAGAGACUGAGGACGAUGUUACUGAAACAUCACCAACACCACCAGUGAGUACAAGUAGCAAAGGGAAAGGGAAGAGAAAAAACCAGAAGAAGAAAGCGCUAAGAAGCAGAAUACAUGGCAAUGGCACAUCCAAUCUGAAGAAACAUUACAUGGUCUCUUGCAAGGCUUACAAUGUGUGGAAAGCUGCUAACACUGGAAAGAAGGACCAAACCGUGUUGUCUCCUGAUGGUUCUGAUGGUCUUCGGCUUUCUAAAGUGAAUGAGAAGGUGAUCAGGGAAGCUUCUAAUGAGAUGAUGGUUAUUGCAGAGCUGCCUUUAUCUUUCAUUGAGGGCUUGGGAUGGAAACAUUUCUGCACUAGAGCAAAGUUGCCCAAUCCUCAUUCAAGGAGAACAGCUACUAGAGACAUUGUGGAGAUGUAUGUUCAGAGGAAAGCUGGGAUAAAGAAGAUUCUCGAUGAGAAUAAGCAGAGACUGUCUCUGACUACAGACAUUUGGGUCGCACCACAUACAGGAGCUAGUUAUAUGGUUAUCCCAGCUCAUUUCGUUGAUGCUUGGUGGCAAUUAAGGAAGCUAAUCAUUGGAUUCAGGAACGUCUAUGACCAUAAAGCUGCGACUAUAAGUAAGGUUCUAAUUGAUUGUUUGGCGGAGUGGGACAUCAAGCGAAUAUUCUGCAUCACCGUUGAUAACGCCACAGCUAACAGUAAUGCCAUGGAGACAUUCAAGAAAGAGUUUAAGCAGAUAGGAGAUGAUGCAUUGAUUCUGAACGGUAACUUUCUUCAUUUGAGGUGUUCUACUCACAUCAUUAAUUUGAUUGUGAAAGAAGGUCUGAUGGAGAUAGGUAGCAGUGUUAAUGCUAUCCGUAAUGGCAUCUACUUUGUCAGAUCUUCCACACCUAGGCUCAAGGCAUUUGAGAAUCAUGUGGAAUCAAGAAGGAUUCAAAGAGGAAGCUUGCCUCUAGAUGUGAAGACUAGAUGGAAUUCAACUUAUGUGAUGUUAGACCAAGCGUUAAAGUUCAGAUCGGCAUUUGACAAGAUGCAUGAGUUGGAUUUUCCGUAUAUCAAGUACUUCACGGAUAUUGUGGAGGGAAAAAAAGGGUUGGACCACCAACCAAAGAUGAUUUUGGUUCGGUUGACAGGUCCCAAGUCUGAAGAUCUGAAGGAUGAUGUGAAGGAUAUUUUGAAGGAUCUGUUUGACGAGUAUGAUAGUAAAGUAAACAAGAAUGGAGGUGUUGAAUCAGGUUCAUUGUCGCAGUCAAAUGAAGCGUCUACUAGUUCUGCUCAGUCUAGAGAAGAAGCUUCUCAGGAAACGGUUCUUGGAAAUGGUCUACAUUAUGAAAGCAUGAAUGACAUCUACAAGGAACUUGUACGAAGGAGCUUGUCGACGAAGGAGGUUUUCAAGAGAAGAUGA